CCUCACCCCCAUUCAAAUGACCAGAUGCAUCAGUCUUAGAGAGUGAAAGCUCCCUGACUAGGCUGUGGAUCCGCUCUCCCUCUCCAGCCAGACAGGGCUGGGAUGGGAUUUUUACCUGCAAGGAAGUCAUGGACAUCUUCCUCUGGAUACUUUUCUUCCUACCAAUCUCAAAGGCUGGGAAACCCCUUGAAGAAAUAAAGUUGUUUGGAGAACUGGAAGGAUCCAUUGACAUCAAGUGUCCAUUGGAGAACCCCCAACAGAGGUAUUAUCUCUGUCGAGAGAAGGACAGAUGGUGCGUCACAGUAGUGUCAAGUUCACCAUAUGUGGCAAAGGAGUAUAAGGACAGAGUCUCACUGAUGCCUUUCCCAGAGGAUAAGGUAUUCAUCGUAGAGCUAAGGAAUCUGAAAGAAGAGGACAAUGGAAAUUAUGCCUGUGGAACAGGCUUCAAAACAGACAAAGGGAAGACCCAGAAAGUAAUUCUCACAGUCAAUACUGAAUACAACCCAUUCUGGGAUACUGGCUACUUUGAAGCCCUUCCACCUCCCUGGUUGUGGAUCCCCACUGAAGCUUCUUCCUCUUUGUCCACCACUCAAGCAACGAGCACUUCAGCGCCAAGGCCAACCCAACCUAGGCAAACCGAGCCACCCUUGGGCCCUUCUUCCACCAGCUCUGUACUGACUCAUAGAACUACCUUAGCAGCAACAACACCCUCCCCGACCUCCUCAUCCUCUGUGACCUCAAAAACUCUACACCUCGACAGACUGUCCAGGCUCUUUACUGUCAGUAAUUCUCAUCACAUCAGACUACGGGGUGAAAGUGCUUCCUACUUUGGAUCAUCUGUGAAGAAGGAUGGGGGAUUUCACAACUUGAUCCUUGUCACUCUGGGCAUUUUCUUCAUGAUGUUUCUAGGCAUGGUGUUGGGAAGAUUAUUGCAGAAGAAGAGAGCGCUUUCCAAGAGGAUCAACAGACUAGCUAUGAGGAUGAGUGCUUUGGAGGCCUCCCAGAGAACUCAUUCCCAGCUGCACCACUCCAGCCAAAGACCUCCCCGGCCUGUUUCUAAUAGACUCCGUUCUCAACACAACAUCUACAGUGCCUGCCCACGACAAGUUCAAAGACCCACCCAGAAUGGUGAGCAAACAUCUGCCAGCAGCCCCAGCAUUACAGAGCCUUCAGCCCCUCCCCAGGUGUCUAAUAUGGAGCAGCUCCAAGCACCGGUUCCUGUGAUGAAUGAAUACAUGAGCACCUAUCACCUGUGUCUUGCUGAAGCAGAAGAAUCUGAUUCACAUGACUACAUCAAUGUUUCCUGUUUGACUCAGCCGCCCAACUGCUCGCCAGGUCUAGGUUUCUAUGCCAACCAGGCUUGCCGCUGAGCUAUUCAGAACUGACUCUGCUCUACUCCUGGCAUAUAGCACAUGCCCACCCCAGCUGUUUCCCCAGAUGCUCUCUCUUCCCUGAACACAGCCCAUUCACACCCCAUUCACACCCCAUUCAUACUUCUCCUAUUCUUCUCCUAUUCAACUGUGAAAGUCACUUUGCUUCCAUGGAGGUUGGCAGUUAAUAAACAUUUAUUAAUGCUA